GACCAACCGUCAGCCGUCGAGGAGGGCUAAUGCCAUCUUCCGGAGACGACGACUCCGCCGUCGGUCAUCAAACACGAGCAGAAAAGCAACGCGCCGCUUCCUGUCAAUGCUCCUGUGCGCGACGACGACGACCAGAGAGCAUAGUAGUACCGUCUCUAUUGCCACCGGUCCGUCCGGAACAACGGGUCAUUGAUUCGGUCCUCCUCGCAACCGUUGCCGUCACCGCCGCCGUCCAGAAAUCGUAUCGAAAUUCGCAAACACAAUUAUUAUUAUUUUCGCGUUGUACCGAUCGUCUACGAGAUUUAAAUAGUAAAAAUAUAUACGCACAACUUAAAGUUUGCAUUAAAUAUAUUUAUAAUUUUUUCUCUCUCUCUCUCUCUCUCUCUCUCUACACCCAAAACCCGCGCAUUACAAUUAUUUUACACCCAACCGACGAACAAGAAACAAAUCAAUUUCCAUUUGUAUUAUACGUCUGUAUACGUCUCGACGUGUGAAAUCCUUUUUCCAUCCGGCCGGCACCGACGUACGGUUCGCGAGUGUCCACUAACCGUUGACGAAAGUCCAAAUCCGUUAGAAGCAAAAACGGAUUAACUGUCUAUUCCCAUGCAUCAAUGACUACCAUUUCGAGACGGACCGCGCCAUGCGGUUGAGGAGACAUCAACGACAGUUACACAAGAACAAAUACUUGGCAAUUUACGCAUUUGGUUCCGUUGUUGAACAAUAUUCGAAUUCUCGCUGACACUAUAAAAAAAUCAGACUUCGAAUCCGAGAUCGUCAACUAUAUAUCAUUAUUCGUCGAGAGAUUAGGAGGCACAUCGAUUUCUACAGAAUGAAGAGUCAUGGCAAUUGUUCACCAAUGAAGUCCUCAUCCGAUAAAACACUAUUAUUUAUGAUCUACAUGGUUGGAGUGAUCAUCAGCAAUAGUUUGGUGAAAUCCUAUCCCUCAUGGGACACACAAAGCACAAUAACAGAUUUCGGACGGAACAUCAGGCAGCUGCCGUGCGUGAGCCGGAGGACCGGCGAGACGGGCGUUUGCAUGUUCGCGUACUCGUGCGCCAAAGUGAACGGCACGCACCUGGGCACUUGCAUCGAUCGGUUCUACUUCGGGAGCUGCUGCAAGACCCAAUCGAACGCCGACGUCGAGGUCAACGAACCGGACAAUUACCUGAACAACAUGGACAACGACGUGGUCGGUCCGCCGGCGACGGCGUCGUCCAACAUCAAAAUCGGCGCGCAGCACUCGACCACCACCGACAGAUACGGCGCUCAUAGCUCGCCGACCACCACGUUUAUGUCUUCUUACAAGCCCACCGCCCAAUUCGCCGUUUCGUCGUCGUCCACGUCGUCUACCACGUCCACGUCCACGUCCAGAAACCAGUACACCGAGCACGCGCCGUCGACGGUUACCACGGGCACGGCCAGGCCCACGGUCACGUUCGCGAGCAGCAGCACACCGGGUUCGGUGUCGUCGUCGUACACGACCACGAUAUCACAUUCGACCAAGCCCAUACCCUCGACCACGUUUUCCACGGCCAAGCCCGCGGUGAAGCCCAGCUCGUACAAGCCGCCGGUCAAGGACCCGGUGUUGUCCACCGUCCAGAAGCCCAAGCCUCAGACCGCGAGGCCGACCGUCCAGUUCAGCGUGCCCAGCUCGACCGCGUCCAACACCGUCGUGUACUCGCCCGGCCACGAGACCACCAGACCCGCCGCAUCCACGAGCUCUUACACCACGCCGCGUCCAUCCAACUCCACGACCAACGCCGCGCUGUCCACGUCUAGGCCUGCGAUCAAGCCGUCGAGCACUACGUACAAAUCGACUACACCGGUGUCGUCGUCCCCGUCGCCGUCGCAGACGUCCGCGUCGUCUCCGCAGAAAGUCAAACCGCACACCACAGCUAAGCCAACGGUAAAACCGAAACCGUCUUCCUCCGCCAAGCCCGCGGAACAUUCGUCCACCGCCGCUACCGAGUUCGUUACGGGCUCUUCCUACGCGACCCGUUCGACCGUGGAGAACGUCACCCAAAUAAUUGCCAACUUUUCCGCGACAACCGCCGCGAUGAACAGCCCAACGAUCAGCGGUUACACGUCACCGCAUUACGGCAGUACCACCGCCGUGACGUCUACCUCGCCCACGUUGGUCACUUGGACAACUCUCGACAAAGUUCCCGUGGUACCGUCCGAGAGCACGAAACCACCGAACCUGACGUACAAGCCAUCGUCAGGCGUCGACGGUUCAACGCUUCCUUCCUGGGUCAAACUUCCUGCGGUUGAAACGCAUGAGCCGAACGCUUCAGGAACACCGUACAAAGAAAGUACCACUUAUCCGUACUCCUCAACAUUGAUAUCAAAGCCGAGCACUGUCCAGAGCAUAUCCGACAACGACAUCGCUAUGGCCACAAAUAACGUUGAUACAAGCACCAAUAGCGUACACUAUUCUUCGAGUACACUAUCUAUGCUAAUGCCAACUUCAACAUCAACAACACCAACAACAACAACAACGACCACUACUACUACAACUCCUCCGCCGACAACAGUAACAGAUUCUGUUGAAGCCGCAAACGCUCCACUGAACAUGUCCAACUAUAAAGACGUUUGCGGUAGACGACUGUUCCCUACAGCUAGAAUUGUGGGAGGUGAAAAAGUUUCAUUCGGCAAGUGGCCGUGGCAGAUUUCGUUAAGACAAUGGAGAACGUCUACAUACUUACACAAAUGUGGAGCAGCGUUAUUCAAUGAAAAUUGGGCGGUAACUGCUGCACAUUGUGUUGAAAACGUCCCUCCGAGUGACUUACUACUUAGGCUUGGUGAACACGACUUGUCUGUAGAAGAAGAACCUUACGGCUAUGAAGAACGGAGAAUACAAAUCGUCGCCUCGCAUCCGCAGUUCGAUCCGAGAACUUUUGAAUAUGACUUAGCACUUUUGCGAUUUUACGAACCAGUCAAGUUCCAGCCCAAUAUCAUACCUGUUUGCGUCCCAGACGAUGAUUCAAACCAUGUAGGGUCUUCUGCUUAUGUCACAGGAUGGGGAAGAUUAUACGAAGACGGACCUUUACCCAGUGUUCUACAAGAAGUGACAGUUCCUGUGAUUAACAACUCGGUUUGCGAAACCAUGUACCGCGCAGCAGGAUACAUCGAACACAUACCAGACAUAUUUAUUUGCGCGGGUUGGAAAAAAGGAGGUUUCGAUUCGUGUGAAGGUGAUUCCGGUGGCCCGAUGGUAAUUCAAAGACCCGAUAAGAGAUGGAUACUGGCCGGUAUCAUAUCGUGGGGAAUCGGUUGCGCCGAACCAAACCAACCCGGCGUGUACACGAGAAUUUCAAAGUUCAAAGACUGGAUCAAUCAAAUAUUGCAAUUUUAACGGACAGAAAAAACAACAAUCAACAUUUCCCAUCUAAAACUAUCGAGUCGACCGGGUACGCGGCCUCAAAUUUUAGACAAUUUCGUUUGUUCCUAAUGCUUAUAUACAGUACUCAUAUGAUUUUUUUUUCGCACGACUUGCAACAAAAGGACGUCGUGCGAGUUGGUCGGUCCAAGUGUUAUCGAUACAGUUUGAAUAAUAGUCUCUCACUUGUUCGUACGCUUAUUGCUAUUAAGAGAUGUUUUAUUUACGGUGAAUACUGCAGUCUCCAUGUAAUAUAUAACAUAUACGUAUCACUGCAGACUAUUACGUUAACGGACGCAAUUUAAUAGAAGUUCUUUUUAGAUAUAUUAUUAUAUUGAUUGACAUACGCCGCAUAUUGUGUGCCCGGUCUUGACUCGAUAUGUAUGUACGUAUUACACAUUAUUAAACACGUAGAAGUACGUUCGUCUUUAAUCUAUUGAAUUGUCCAUCAGCGUAAUACUUUGCAGAGACCUUCACGAAUUGAUUAUGUUACGAAGGACACAAUAUUGUUACGACAUAUACAACGUUCUUUUUAUUUCAAACACAUAAAAAUAUUUCAAAUUUCAUAUAAUUUUUUUCGUUUCUAGUGUUAAAAAAAUAUCAUUAGUGUUAGUUUUGAAUCUACUUCGAACAAAAUAAACUCCGAUUCAAAAUAGCGUAUAAUUAGCAAAAAUUUUGUUUAAUAGUAAUCCUACACGUAUUAGGCAUAGCUUAAGUUGAACAUAAUAUCAUUUUAUUUUAAUCGUAAACAUUACGAGAUCUUAAAUUAUUAUUGCAGUCCUCUAACAAGUUUUUGCGCUUUUACAAUGACAAAAUAAUGAUUCUGUUAUCAUUUGACCAAUGGUCAAAUACCAAAUGGUAUGUUAAAUUUAUAAUUAUCUACUUAAAUCAUGUAUAACAGUCAGUUUUCAAUUUUAAGCAAACGAGGUAUACAUGUUUUUUGGACACAUUUUUAGUUGAUUACAUUUUUUUUUUUUUUUUAAUAAAAUCACAUUUAUGCAUAAUAUAUUUGCUUAGUGGCGUGACGAGCUCCAAAAUAUCUUCUCGCUACGGAGCAAUCAUUGUUCAAGAUUUAUCUUAUGAUAUGAUUAUCCUGUGAUAUAGCACUGCUCUAUUUCCAUUAUGUUCUAUUCGCAAAUAUUUAACAGUUAUACAUUUUAUGCCUAAUUGAUUAAUUGUGUAUACAUAUAUUUAUUGUUGAAUGCUACCGCAAGUACAAUUUACCAUUAACACUUAACUGAUAUAUCAUUUUGAAAACCGAAACGUAAUAGUUUUUAAUUUUCUUUUAAAAGUAUAUAUACGAAUAUGAGUAUAUAUACAUACAAAAUAUGUCUCUUAUUAUGGAGUCUUAGCUCAAAUAUUUGAAGGUGUUAUUUUUUAAUUAUUUAUACUAAAUAAACAGGAAUA